AUGCGUCUUUCUACAGCCACUCUCUUGGUCCUUCUCCCUUUCUUCGUGGCAGCUCUGCCUCACGAUACACGGAGGUCUAUACCCAUUGCGAAGCACUCGAAGUUGAGCCUCGGCGGGACCGUCAACCUUGAUGCCUUGAAGCAACAUCUCCGCUAUGUAGAAGGUAAAAUUCGGCGUGGAAAUGCUGCAUACGAGCGGAACACCGGCAAGCGGAUGUCUGUCGAGCCCAUCGCUACGUCUCGCAAACGCGCCGAUGAAUUCGCUUCAAACCCGCUCGUGGACUUUGAAUCUUCCUUGUGGUAUGGAACCAUCUCCGUCGGCACGCCCCCUGUGGAAUACAAGAUCGACUUCGACACCGGCAGCAGUGAUCUCUUCCUCCCCGGCUCUGAUUGCAAGAAGAACUGCGAUGGUCACACAUUAUAUGAUUCUUCGAAAUCCGAAACCUCCAAAGCGUUAGAGAAGGAUUUCACUCUGCAAUACGGAGAUGGAUCUACCGUCAAUGGCCUCCAGUUCACAGACACCGUGAUAAUCGCCGGAGUCACUGCCGAGACACAGACUCUCGGAUCGGCAAAGGAGUACUCCGAAGGCUUCUCAUCGAAGCGCUUCCCCGCAGACGGGCUUAUGGGAAUGGGAUACGAGAGCAUAUCGUCAUACGGUGCUUCCCCCGUCUUCCAGUCCUUUGUGAGCCAGAAGAAAGUUUCCAAGCCCGUUUUCGCUUUCAAACUCGCGAAGGAGGGCUCAGAACUGACCCUCGGGGGACUUAACACCAAGUUAUACAAGGUACAUGGCGUGCUGAACAAUCAUCGCCAGGGAUACUGGAUGGUUGAAAUGGACUCUAUGAGUGCCGGCAAUGAGACCGCAAUCAAGAAGAGUGCUGCUAUCAUCGAUACCGGAACAACCCUUAUCAUCGGAGAACCGUCCAAGGUUGCAGAAUUCUACAAAGCUAUCCCAGAGGCCAAAGAGGCGUCCACGCUUGGUGCAGGCCUCUAUACGGUCCCGUGCAAGAGCAUCCCCGAAAUUAGCUUGACCUUUGCGGGCAAGACAUUCCCUGUCACGAAGGAAACCUUUAGCUUGGGAGCCGUCGAGGAAGGAUCUGAGGAUUGCGUGGCCGGAGUCGCCAGUGCUGAAGUAGGCAGCAUCGGGUGGAUUGUUGGGGAUGUGUUCCUCCAGAACGUGUACACCGCGUUUGACUUGGAAGGUAACAGAGUGGGAUUUGCCGAGCUUGCUUAA